AUGUCGCUGCAAGUGUCGAACCAAACGUCCGGACGCCGUACACCACAGGUGUACCAGGGAUUCGGCGGUGUAGCCGGAGCUGGUGGUGCCGCAACAACACCAACGGCCAGUAACGGCAGCUCAGCUGGCAGUGGACUCGGAGGAGGUGGCGGUGGAUCGGUUGGCCGUCCACCAAAGGGAGCCGGCAAGCAAUCGCAAAUUCCGAUAGCGAUCAGUGGCGCCGGUAGUAACGAGACGACAGUACCACCGAUGGCCGUGGUACAACAAGGCGGUCCAGCAUCCCUAGACGGUUCCUUGAAUCAGUCGGGUUUGCCCACUCCGAAGCAGUACCAAUUUGAUCACCAGUACGGGACGAUGCUUGCGAAGGAUGUCGCUAUGCAGCUAGCACCGGGUGGUCAACCGUCCGCAGGCUCCGGACGGAAGGCAACCAAUGGAAGUGGUGGUGCACAGCAGACGAAUACCGGUAACAUGUCGGCACAGAAGAAAGGAUCUGUCCUUGGUUCAGUGGAUGUGUCGGUUGGAAAACUGGAGACUACCACCACAAACGUUGCAGCCGUUGCUGGCAUUUCGGCUGAAGGCUCAAAGCUGCGGGACAGCCCUCGGUCGGGCACACGAGCCCAGCAGCAGCAGCAACAAAAGUUGGACGAAGUGGUAGCUUCGCCCAAAAAGCAGGAACAACAGCAAACACCAAAGCCGUUCGAUAAUUUGCUGUUAGCGGAAAAGCCACUCAAGGGCUUUGGAAUAGAAGACGAUGAUAUGGAGUCGCUGAUGAUGUCGACGUGGGAUUGGGAGAAUGAGGAUUCUCCGUUGCAGCCGGUGCGUUCCGGCACCACACCAGCUAAAUCCAAGCUUCCGAAGGCAACCCCACAGGUACAGGUCGGUGAUAACCCAUCCAAGACGAGUGGCAAGCAGGACAAUAAGACCACUACCACUACCGGAGCAGAGGAACAAAAGUCCACGGGAAAGAAGACGACCGGCAACACGGAAAAGCAGCAACAGCAGGAAGAGAUGACACGCUCUCCGAAAGCGGCUCCGGUUAGCGUUCCGGAAGCCGAUCCGCCCAGCACACCGACAAGCGGUGGGGGUGAAUCGCUGAUCGGUCGCCCACUGCGCUCCAUUUCCGGUCGUCGUUCUACGCGCCCGAUAAGCGACAUUAAGCUUACGUUCCAGCGCCGGUCGACCGAUGCUCACGAUGAUUCGUUCUCCAGUCUGAACGUGACGGUCGGUUCGGACGUCGGUAACAACAGCCUGUUGUUCCGUACGCCGGGAUCGGCUACACGCAAAAGAAAGGAUAUGACUCCCGAAUCGACAUCGGACGGACCGGCACAUGUUGACAGCCCCAAGCGGGCUCGGCUCGAUUUCAGUGGAUUCCUUGGUUUUGUUGCCAGCCCUGUGACGAUGCUGAAGAACCGGCUAUCGCGUGUCAAGCUGCAGUCGCCAAGCGUGGCCCGUUCGCUGGCCGUCGAGGAGGAGAACGCCUCUAAGGUGGUCACUGCCGAAGCCACCACAACUACCAGCGCUAGCGUGACGACUCCGUUGGAGGUAGCAGAUGCCACUAAGGAUAAGCCGGAAGAAAAGGAGGCCUCUGGAGCGACGUCGAUGGACGUUGACGUGGCCAACAAAGAACCGCAGGAAAAGAUCGACCAGACGGAACUGCCUCCGAAGGAUGACACCGAUCAGCAACAAUCUUCCUCCAGCACCGCCGCCGAUGAUGAGGUCGAGGUGAAGAUAGUCACAGACAAACAGCAGAAGCAGUGGUGUAGUAUUAUGUAAAGAGCAACAGGGCUCGAGGCGGAAAUUUGAAACCAUACCGCAACAAUCCGGGUCCCCAAACCACCUCCAGCAUGAUUCGCUGCGGUGUGUUAAAGCCUCUCUUUUUUCCACUUUAUUUUUUUCUUUCUCAUUUUAAAAGAAAUCUCGCUCUCACAUUUUUCAAGCCCCCACGGCCGGUCGGUCAAGCUUCGUUGAGGAUGCCACGCCCUUCCAUCGCCCUUUUUAGGCAUCCAUGACAUAUUAUCAUUAUCAAAAACAGGAAGGUUUCCACAACCUGCAUAUAUGAGCUGUUUAUCAGAUUUUUUUAAAAUUACAUUUAAUAGGGAUGUAGUGCGUGCAUAUUUCCAUCAAUUCUUGGAAAAGUGCAAAUGUAAGGAUAGUGGAGGUAGAAAAAUAGUGUCAACAAAAUAUGGACCUAUAUUUUGUUUGUUUGUUCAAUUUGUGUUUUCUCAAUGCACUGCACGCGUUAGAACGGUAUUCAACAUCAAAAGCAGAAAGCUAUACCGUAGUAGCUUACGGUGGUUCGUCGUUUCUCUGUACUCAUUAGUAUUUUUUAUUGCUAUCAAUAGAAAGACAGAUGAAAAGGAUAAUAGAAGAGCCACAGAAGGAAUCAUAUAUAAAGAACAAGAAUAUAAUCGGUACAUCCCGAUCGAGAGAAUAAUAUUUUGUGAAAUCAAAUCAAACGAGAAAAAAAAACAGGACACACCACCAAGAUGAAAAUGAUACGUACAAAAAAAACAGUUUGAGAAGGCGGAAUAUUUCAAAUGCGCUAGCAGAAUUUAGAUGAGGAACGUUUUUAGUAUCCACAUUAGAGUCGUUUAUAAUUUGUUUUAACAUGAUAAACAGUAGAGCGAGUGCAGCUGAAUUUUCGAUGUGAUUCGAAAUACGUAAAAAUCCGCAGAAUUACAGAACAACAACUAGAGGAAAUAUUAAAUAUCCAUGCCAGUACGCGGAAAAACGUGGCCGUUUUGUUUGUUCAUUUUUUUUUUUGUUUUUUGUUUUUCGAUUGCAAACCGGCAGCGUGCAGUAACUAGGGGGUUGAAAAUAAUUCAUCCGUCUUCCCGGAAUGCAUGCAAAUAAAUACGUAGUGCAAGUAGUUCUCUCUCAUCUAUGUGUUCUACUUACGCGGAGAUUAAUGAAGCACUAAUCUACUCAUAUGCAUUAUUAUCGUUAGUGGCAAUGGAUGUAGCAAUGGACGUAAUGUGAGAAAAUUUCCUCAAGAAGGUUAAAAAACGAACAAAACUAUACAGUUUCGUGAAACGUCUUCAACUUCGGUAUAGGAAUAUUACAAUUAUAUCACAAUUUAUUGCGUAACUAGUAAGUUUUCGUAUAAUUUUACAAACCGAUCACAAUCAUAAACGAGAAGAGUGAAUAAAAAGAAG